GGUUGUCCCUCCUCGGCCUCCGUUACAACAUUUCGGAACGUAUAUUCGGUGGGCCAGAUUUGUCUUUGAUACGGCAGAAACCGUACCCCGGCCCACUGGACCGAACUGUGGCCAGGACUGAUGUCUCGUCGAAAUCGACUUCUUUCGGCGGAUUGAUAAAAAAAAAAAGGAUGUCGGCGCCACCUCAACCUGCUCCUCUCGAUGUGGAGAAGCAGCAGCUCUACUCUCGGUCCCUCCUUGAUGGCCGAGCUUCUCACCCAAAGGGAGAGUACAGACGCCCUUGUGGGGGAAUCUAAUUUAGGUCGCUUGUAUCCAUGAUCUCUUUCUUUCAAUUACUACCCAAAGCUUGUGACUGUAGGGUGCAGUGUAGGAUGGGUAGUGGCCGCAGGCGGGGAGCUCAGCGGUUUGAUCCUCGGCUACAGAAGCUGUAUUUGAAUAGUAGAAUUUUUGUUUAAUGCUGUAUAGAAAUGAGUGACAGUCAGGGUUUGAGUGAAGUCACCGAAAAAGUUGCUCACAAAAUGAAGAUUGGAAAACCUUACUUAAACAAAUAAUUAUGAAUCUGAAAUGCAGUCUUUGACUUGAUGCCAACUUCUGGGUUUCCUUCGAUUGAAAAGUUUUUAGUCUCAUUUGAAUAAUGACCUGAACUUAAUAAUGAUUAGGAUCCUUUGUAUAUGCGAUUGAAUUAUAAAAUUAAAAUGACUUGUUUGACGUUUAUUGUGUGUUGGUGCUAUGUAAGUGAACUGAUUUUCUCUUCCAGUAAAAUCGAAUACUUUGCUCCAUCUCUUUUAUCUCGUCUUUUGUCAGCUACUUCACCGUACCUUUGGGGGGGGCCUCACUCCCUUCCGCCCCUCAGGUAAACCCGUCACCCACCCCAACCCCCAUUUCCCUUCUUUCCAGCCGUACCUAAGCCAAAACUGCCACUGCCAAGCUGUCAGAGAUGUCAGGACCUUUGCCAAGUCGGGCACGAGUGUACACAGAGGUCAACACUCAUCGCCCAAGGGAAUACUGGGACUAUGAGUCACAUGUUGUGGAAUGGGGAAAUCAAGAUGACUUUCAGCUGGUGCGCAAGUUGGGACGUGGCAAGUACAGCGAAGUGUUCGAGGCAAUCAACAUCACCAACAACGAGAAGGUGGUGGUAAAGAUCCUAAAGCCAGUGAAGAAGAAGAAAAUCAAACGCGAGAUCAAGAUUUUAGAAAACCUGCGUGGAGGUCCUAAUAUUAUUUCUCUCAUCGAUAUAGUAAAGGACCCCGUAUCCCGGACGCCUGCUUUGGUCUUUGAACAUGUAAACAACACAGACUUUAAGCAACUGUACCAAACUCUGACAGACUCCGACAUCCGCUUCUACAUGUACGAGAUCCUCAAGGCACUCGAUUACUGCCACAGUAUGGGAAUCAUGCACAGAGACGUGAAGCCACAUAACGUCAUGAUCGAUCACGAGCAUCGAAAGCUGCGGCUUAUUGACUGGGGCCUGGCAGAGUUUUACCAUCCAGGGCAGGAGUACAACGUGAGAGUCGCCUCGCGCUACUUCAAAGGACCCGAGCUCUUGGUGGACUACCAGAUGUACGACUACAGUCUGGACAUGUGGAGCCUGGGCUGCAUGUUGGCAAGCAUGAUCUUCAGGAAGGAACCAUUUUUCCACGGUCAUGACAACUACGAUCAGUUGGUGAGAAUAGCCAAAGUAUUGGGAACAGAAGACCUCUACGAUUAUAUUGACAAGUACAGCAUCGAGCUGGAACCUCGCUUCAAUGACAUACUGGGAAGACAUUCUCGUAAACGGUGGGAGCGCUUCGUCCACAGCGAGAAUCAGCACCUGGUCAGCGCCGAGGCUCUGGAUUUCCUCGACAAACUUCUGCGCUACGACCACCAGGCCCGAGUGACCGCCCGCGAGGCAAUGGACCACCCGUACUUCUUCUCCGUUGUGAAGGAGCAGUCUCGUAUGGCUGGAUCAGCCAACUUGCCAGGCGAUAACCCCGCUGUUACUGCAGCCAGCGUGGUCACUGGUAUCUCUGCCUUGCCAGCCUCCACUGCCCUCGGCCCUCUCAGCGGCUCCACAGUCUUAUCGGCUAACACAAACUCCAUGAGCAGUCCGGUGGCCGCUGCUCCUCAAUGACAGCCAGCGCAACCUCUCCAUCUUCAGUCCAGCAUGACUCUGCCCGAAUGCGGAAAGGGCCAGAGCGGACAGCUGCUGCUCCACAUGCCCUGCUAUGAUGGCGCCACAUAACCCUUUGAACAGGAGGCCACCUUUCUUUCUUUUUAAACUUUUUUUGUUUGUUUAGGUGAAUUUUUUUUUUUUUACUUCUCCAGUAAGAUCCAAAAUGUUAACUUUAUAACCAAAAUGAAAUUUUGUCUCAAAAAUGUACAUUAUUACCUCCCUAGGGUUAUUUUGACAUUCAGAACGUUGAGUCCAAGAGCAUGUGUUGUCUAUAACAUCUCAACAGUCCUGACUGUGACCUUCGUUAUGAGUCAGGGUUGGUCAAAAAGACCAGCAUCGACCGGACAAGAAGAUGGAAACGUUUUUAGGACCACCUGGAGCGCAUUCUAUACAGUUUAAUUAAUAAUCCACAUUAUUUAACUCCAUAACUAAGGAGAGUCGCCAUGCCUUAUAGCAGUGGUUCCCAAAGAUUUUCUGGGCCCCCCCUAUGGAUUACAAUAAAAUCUCCCCCCCCCAGAAAAAAAAAAAAAAAAAAAUCAACUGGGCACACACAUGGUGCAACCAGACAUAAACCUAUACACAUAUUUUGUUUUCAAACUCCACUGAAGUUUAUUUCACACUUCAGGUUGCAACAAAACGCACUACAAACCAUCUUUACAGUGAAACACUUUUAUGUAACAGUUUUUUUUCCCAUCCUUACCGCUUCCCGAGCCCCCCUUGCAAUGGCACUGCGCCCCCUGCAGGUGGCGCCCCCCACACUUUGGGAACCACUGCCAUAUAGUCCAUCUCUUUGUUUCUGACAUAAAACAAAGAGAUGAAGGUGUACAACGUGUCUAUGUACCUUUCAUUCAAUUGUUUUUUUAAAAAAAUUGAUAAACAUUAAAAAUGAAUUAUUUAUUAUACAUUUUCACUUGAGAUUCAACAAAUACAAUAACAAAUGCUAUUUUGGGUGUUGGACUUUGUUCGCAGGGACCCGCAGUGCAGCCAGAGAGGCAGAGAUCCAACAGCAUCUCAGUUUUUCUGACCGAUUUGCCAGUAAAAUGACAACAAAUGAUCAAAAAGUGAAGUGGAGAAAAAAAAUGGGCUAAUUCCAAUUUUUUUUUCUUUAAUUCCCUAGAGAAGCGUCCAACUUAUCGUCUCAACUUUAAAACAAUCGAUAUCUUUCCAACACAUCGUACUCAUUUAUAAAUUUGUAUUUAUUGCUGAUAUUUAAUUUGAGAUCAAUAAAAUAUUUCUGAGUUGAA